AGCAUGUUCAUUGUUCGUAGUGUUUUUCUCUAGGAUUUCUCUGUGAAGGCUGUGUGCGUCGUUAAAAUUUUAGUUUUACGUAGUAUAUGACAUUCUCUUUGAUUUUAGUUUCUUCGAAACUUGUCUUUACGGUGUUAAAAGUUUAUACGUUCGGUAUUUUCUAAAAGACUAUUGCAAUGGCAGAUCCUGGGAAGGGUCGAGGUCGUGGGUUAGCGCUUUUGCAGGCUCUGCAAGCGCAAAAACAAGCGGCGCAGGCAGAAUCACCAAAACCAAGUCCAACGCCAAGUGAAGUUCCUUCCAAUGCCCCUUCUACAGUCAGCAGCGGCAGUGGUGCUGCAGGAGGUCGGGGGAAAAUGGCAGCCACGCUGCUUGCUAAAUUGCAACAGAAACCUGGAGUUCCGGUUAUGAGUCCUGCUUCAGAUGUGCUGCCUCCGGUCGUGCCACCACCUCGGGGGGCAGGACGUGGUAUGAAGUUGCUACAAAGUCUAAAAAUGACAACAGGGCAGCAGCCUGGCUCCACACCCGCACCUCCCGUAGACGACAGUGCAUCUGAAAUCACACAGAUGAUGGCGCAAAGCACAGUCUCCACUACUACUUCUGUGGCGAAAAAUAAGUAUUUUAGAGAGGUAAAGGAAACCCCGCCUGUGGUUAGGAAGGGUGAGACCGGUCAACCAGUGGAGGUAACAGCAAACUUCAUAUACCUCAACUUCGAAGAGAACAAUGUGUUUGAAUAUGAAGUUAGAUAUGAACCUGAUCAAGAUUUUAAGUCGAUGCGCUUCAAGCUGCUUAAUGAACACAGCAAAUUCUUUAAAGAGAAGACAUUCGAUGGUACCACCUUGUAUGUACCGCACAUGCUUCCCGAUGAGGCACUGAAUUUGGUGUCUACCAACCCUUAUGACAACACCCAAGUGAAAAUUAAUAUCGUCUUCAGAAGAACACGGCGCCUGAGUGAGAUGAUACACAUUUACAACGUCCUCUUCAAGCACAUAAUGAAGGAUCUACAGCUCGUGAGAUUCAAUCGGUCACAUUUCAACGAACACGCGGCUAUUCAGAUACCACAACAUAAGUUGGAAGUGUGGCCCGGCUACGUCACGGCUGUGGACGAGUAUGAGGGUGGACUCAUGUUGACCCUGGACUCGGCUCACCGGGUACUCCGGACUCAGACGGUGCUGUCACUCAUCAAGGAGGCAGUGGACGCCCAGGGAGCUAACUGGAAGAGGCUGAUCAAUGACAAACUAGUUGGUUCUUCGGUUAUGACGACAUACAAUAAGAAACUGUUUCGAGUCGACAGUAUUGAUGACUCGCUGACACCAAGAUCUACAUUCGAAAAAAAUGAAAAGGGUACCUUGAUAAAGACAACCUAUAUUGAUUACUAUAAGAAGAACUAUGGUAUUGAUAUUAUGGACCCAGACCAACCACUGUUAAUUUCCAGACAAACCAAGACCAUGCCGGGUGAAGACAAACCCACAGACUUUAUGAUCUGCCUCGUGCCGGAGUUGUGUCAGCUCACCGGUCUUACGGAUGACCAGCGUAGCAAUUUCCAUCUUAUGAAAGACGUUGCCACUUACACUCGUAUCACGCCCAAUCAACGACACCACGCGUUUAAAAAGUACAUCGAGAGUGUUAUGAACAAUGAGACGGCAAGGAAUCGUCUCAAAGGCUGGGGCUUGAGCAUUGCUCCGGAGACAAUAAACAUCACUGGUCGAACUCUGCCCCCCGAACCCAUACAUUUUGGCAACAAUGUCAAAGUACCCGGGAAACCGAAUGCAGAAUGGAACUCUGAUGUGACGAGGAAUGCUGUACUCCAAGCGGUGGAUAUUUUGCGUUGGGUGAUUCUGUACACUGAUAGAGAUAAAAAUGUUACAAAUAAUUUCGUCGAUACAUUAAAAAGAUGCUGCGGCCCGAUGGGUAUAAACGUGGCCCAACCGAACAUGAUUCGACUGCCCAACGAUCGAACCGACUCGUACGUCACGUCAUUGAAACGAUGUAUCGUGUCGGAACUGCAAUUGGUAGUGUGCAUAUGUUCGACGUCGCGCGACGAUAGAUACGCCGCGAUUAAGAAGAUAUGCUGUGCUGAAAAUCCUGUGCCUUCUCAGGUUAUAAACGCCCGAACCAUUAUGAAUCCCCAAAAGAUUAGGGCGAUUACACAGAAGAUUCUGCUCCAAAUAAACGUUAAGCUCGGUGGUACACUAUGGAGUAUAAGUAUACCAUUCAAGACGGCCAUGGUCAUCGGUAUUGAUUCAUACCACGACGCAAGCAGGAAGAAGAGAAGCGUUUGUUCUUUCAUAGCGUCGUACAACCAUACCAUGACUCAGUGGUACUCGAAGGCUGUGUUCCAGGAGAAAGGGCAGGAAAUCGUCGACGGACUGAAGACCUGCCUCGUCGACUCGCUCAACCACUACCUACGAGUUAACGGACGACUGCCGGACAGAAUUAUUAUGUAUAGGGACGGCGUAGGAGAUGGUCAGCUGAAGACCAUACAGCAAUACGAGAUCCCACAAAUGAGGGUCUGUUUCUCGAUAGUCAACGAACAGUAUUCGCCCACACUCACAUACGUGGUUGUACAGAAGAGGAUCAAUUCUAGAAUAUUCUUGAAGGCGGGCAGAGGGAACUAUGAGAAUCCACCACCUGGGACCAUAGUGGAUCAUGCCAUUACUAGACGAGAUUGGUACGACUUCCUACUAGUCUCGCAGAAGGUAAAUCAGGGUACGGUCACACCUACCCACUAUGUGGUAGUCCAUGACGACAGCGGUAUGACACCGGACCAGUGUCAGCGGUUAACGUACAAGAUGUGCUACCUUUACUACAACUGGCCCGGUACCAUACGAGUGCCCGCGCCAUGCCAAUAUGCGCAUAAGUUGGCAUACCUAGUAGGACAGAAUAUACACCAACAGCCGUCUGAUAUACUGUCGGAUAAGCUGUUCUUCCUGUAAAUACUAGAGCAGUAAGUUACACAAUGACUAAGCUAUACAAUAUUAUGUCUGUCUUUCAAAAGGCUUUUUCAAUUUAACAUAGAACCAUUGAAGGAAUUGAUUCAUAGGCAGAUGAUGAACCUACGUAAUUUGGUCGGGUUCA